AUGUUGAACUUCACAAAGGAAUACCAAAAACAACAAAAACGAGACAAUCAUACCAAACAGAAACAAAACAUUAGAAGAUCCGAGUUGACUUUAUCAGGUCAUGAUCCCGAUUCCUUGUUACCCCCCAAAUGUGUUACCUGGUCAAUGAAAGAAUACAAACCAUGCAAACUCUUCCCCCAUCAAAUCUUAGAGGGAGACCAAAAGCCAACAGCUGCCGAACUUGAACAUGCGCACACAGUUGCAAAAGAAUUCCAUUACUUCGGACAUGGAAAGGUAGUGGUUCUAGAUAAGCACAACAAAAAUAAAGUAAUAGCAAUAAUUGAAUUCACUCCGCUGGAAGAACUAUCAGCAAAACAAACAAGUGACCUUAACAUAGUCACCAGCUUCCUUCACAAGUGCAAGAGCUUUGUCGACUCAAUAUCAUCCAAACCACGUUUCUGGGGUGGCAAAAUGUGGGCGUUUGGAUGGCAAAAGUGUAUGGAUACUUUCAAGCUUGCUGGACUUUACCUCAAUAAUGCCAAGCCCAAAUAUGAUGCCCACAUGCACUCUUCACCAUGUCCCUCAAAAAUUCUUGGGAAAAUGUUCAAAGAUUUAGCAAAUGUGGUGUUUGAAGAAAAUUGUGAGCUCAUGAAGACCAAUUCAAUCCCUGCCUUCGCAUCCCUAAAUCACAAAGACUCCCUUGGCAAAUACGACUGCUCUCCAAAUUAA